AUGGGAUCAUCGAGGGAGAACGUUUCCAAGCUUCAACUACACUCUGUGGAUUUAGGAACCACAAAGACGCGAAACGCUGAACAAAUUAAGAAUGCAAGUGUGAGAGACACGUUCGGCUGGAACACAAAAAAAGAAAAGCAAGACCACUUGAAAUUGGAACGGCUCUGGGACCGGUGGGCACCCUCGCGGGCCCGGGACCGGGAUCCCGCUGGAGUCGCAGCCGCCCGCCCGGCGCCGCCGCCCGGCAGCCCACCCGCGUCCUCCACGCGGGGCGCGUGGCUAACCAACGGCGACAAAGCGGACCCCACAACUUCCCCGCGCCGGGGCCCAAGACCGGGCCGGGGUGCUCGGCGCUGGAGGACCGGGCCGGGGUGCUCGGUGCUGGAGGACAGACCCCGGCCGCCGGCGGGCCGCGCCUCGUUGCGGGGGGCCCCGCGAGCGCGGGACGCUGAGACCUCGAAGGGGGCGCGCCCGCCGGCCCGCCCGGCCCUGCGCGCCCGGGUCCCCGGCGUGUCGCUCGCGCCGCCGCCGCCUCGCUCCUCGCGUACAGGAACGGGAGUCCCGGCGCGGAGUCCGCCGCCGUCCCGGCAACCACCCGCCCUGGCUGGCUGCUUCUUACCUGGCUGCGCCCGCCGCGCCCCGCGCCUCAGAGAGCCGAGAGCCGCCGCCCGAGCCGCUGCCACCGCUCCGCCCGCCCCGGCGCCCGCGGCCGCGCCGCCGCCAUCUUGGCUCCGGUCGGAAGUGACGUCGGGCGGCGCCGGCCGCGCGACCUCCGGGACCCGCGCCGCCCGCGCCGUAGCCGAGGGCCGCGACCCCCGACUGCGCAGACCCCGACGCGCCUCCACCGGAGGACCCCGACCCAGGCCUCACACGCGCCGAGGCCUCAGCCAGGGCCGCCCUGGCUCCGAGGUGUGUUCGCCCGGGAGCCCCGACCUCGGUUCUCGCUGGCACGACGACCGGGACUGCACACGUCCCGACACGCGGCCGCCCUCAGAGGGACCCCGAGGACCCCGGCUGCCAGGCCCGGGCUUGCCACCACCAGUCUGCCUGCACCAAAGGCUUGGGAUUCUGCGCAAUCGAAAGUUACUACGAGAACCUGGAGGGAAAAAGAAAAUGGCUUCACCACUAAGUCCCUGUCAGAUGAGGAAAACAGACCCCUUUUCUUCACUUGUAUCUAAAGGACCAGUUUAG